AUGACUACAUCUCAAGAGUUUUCCGAAAAAGCGCUCAAGCAGGUCAUUUGCCGUAGCUCGUUCUCCUUGGAUGGAGCGUUCCAGCUCCGCUUUUGGGAAUCAAAAGCCGCCUCAAAUUUCGUCCGGGUCUCCCGCAGAGGUCCCAUCUCCGACGUAUGGAAUAUCAAUAUCUCCCUGUCAUUGCGUCCUCCCAGGUCCAGUGCGCCCCCGUUAUGGAGUGAUGUUCGUGCAGCUACAGAAAGAAGGCUGAUCGAAACCUUCCGUAAGGACGCGACCGAUUCGGAGGCACUACCCGAUUAUGAAGAUCAAGAGGAGUCUCAGAUAACAAAGCUACGGCUGCAAUCUGACUCAUGUAUUGACGCAACUGUGCUCGUUACCGGAUUUUCCUACGAGCGGGUGUUUAUUCAUUGUUCUUCCAUAUCUGGAUCCACCGCGCUUUGCAUCCCUCGCCGCCUGGGAUCUCGAUUGAGGAUCCUCUUAUCGAGCAAGAUGGGCGAUGUGCAUGUUUAUCUUCCCAAAGACUUCCGAGGUAGACUCAUUUGUUGCAUGCGAGACGAUAUUGACCAUAGGCGUUGCAUGUCUUCCGGUAUUUUGCGCACGCUGAACACCUACCAGGCUACCCGUGAGGGAGUGACCCGAAGCUUUUUGGGGGGAUGCCAGAAAGUGGGAGAAGGGGAUGAACUGGAUGCUUGGGCGGUCAACGGAAAGGUAUACGUCCAGUAUUACGACGAAGAACACUGGUCCCAAUCUUCUCCCUUUGGGAAUGUCAGCAAUGGCCAGGGGGUGCAAAGGACAGGGAUCGUCGGCUUUCUAAAUACUAAAGGGGAUCCGGAAAGUGUUGAUGAUAAACAGCCGCAGACUUCUAUUAAGCCGUCCAAGCGAUUACCGCCUAUCCCCGGCGUUACAUUCCACUCGGACCACCCAAUUCCGCUCAAUCAUACCCAGAUUUUAGUAGACUCAUCAGCAGCUAGAGAGUCGGAGGCAGUUGUUCCGAAUGCUCCUCCAGGUACUGCGCUUUCCACUGCACAUCAGCUGCACGCAAUGGUUUCUGGUAUACGCGAAAAGAUCUAUGGCGGUAUUCCCGUUACUAUCCUGCCAGGAGGGCUUGAGACACUUUGUGCUCUGUCAAUAGCCAACCUUAGCAACGUGGAGCAACAAUCCUCCACGAUAGCUUCCAUGACCACGAUCUCCUCAACUAUACUCCGGUUUCAUGAAGACAUCCAACCACAUCUAGACGGAAUCAAUGCUUUGACGGAGUCGUCACACUCGCACUCACACUCACACUCAAGUGUUGAUUGGGCCGGACCAUCACUGUCGUCGUCGCAAUCCUCGCAAAAAAUUUGGAGUCCUGCCUAG